UGAAACAGAUGCUUUGUUUUCUCGGAAUACGAACGGCUCCGAGUCAAACCCACCAAAUGACGUUCUAGGGUUCUCUUAACGCUAUACAGAGGCGAGCAAAAAUCUGCAACCGCCGCCGUUCGCCCUCCAAUCUAAUUCAGGUUUUUUUCUUCUGAUUUCUUCAUCCUUUCUUGAUCUGAAAACGAAUGAGCGAGGUUUUUUGGUGGAAAAAAAAUGGAGGAGGUGGUUGAAGGAGAUCAAUAUUUUGUUUCUUUGGUCAAGCUUCUGGCGUCCUCCAACAAGGCGACUCGAGACAAGACCCUCCGUGUAAUCAUCAAGACAUGGCUUCCGACUCAAACGAGCCUCUCCGAUGGCGAUAUGAAGAAGCUUUGGAAGGGUUUGUUCUACUGUGUUUGGCAUGCGGACAAGGCUCCUGUUCAAUCUGAGCUUAUUAAUCGUCUCGCUUCCCUGCUUCUCCAUCUCGACCUCCCGCUAGCUGUUCAAUACUUCUCUGUUUUUCUUCUCACCAUGCGUCGUGAAUGGGCCGGCAUUGAUGCGCUCAGGUUAGAUAAGUUUUACCUUUUGAUUCGUAGAUUUUUGCACCAGUUUUUUGCUUUUUUGAAGAAGCAUUCCUGGGAUUUGGAACUAUGUCGUCGUUCGGUUCAAGUUUUGGAAGAAAGGGUUUUUUUCACUGAUGAUAAGUUUCAUGGGAGUGGUGUUAAUUACCAAAUUGCUUCUGUGUUUCUUGAGGAGCUUAGGCCGUUUCUUCCUCUUCAGAAGGAUGUUAUUGAUAUUCUGUUCAAGCCAUUCAUUUAUUCCAUGGCUAAGCUGUCAGAUAAAGUGUUGUUGGGAAAAAUUAAGUCUAAUCUUUUUGAUGUGAUUCUUAAAAUGGGGAAGCAAUUACUUGAGCGUCGAAAAUGUGGAGAGGAUGUUGAUUCUGGUGAUGAUAUGGUUGUGUUGGGUUCAAUUUCAUUGACAAACUUAUUCUCAACUACAUUUUAUGAAUUGGGUUCUUCACCUGAUUGCUGUCAAGGGAAUAGAAAGGUACUGUUUUCCAUGCAUGAAGAGUAUCAGAAGUUGGAGAAAGAUAUUAUCUCAUCGGGGAUUGAGAUUUCGUUUCCAGAUCUUCAAGAACAAGACGUGAAUGAAGUGCCUACUUUAGUUCCUGUUUCCAGUGAAGGAGAAGCACCUUCAGAAAUUUCCGUUGUUGAUGUUGAUAUCACUGCUGAAUCCACUGAUAAGGCACAUAAAAAGAAAAAGAAGAAUAAAAAGGCCACUCCUUCAGAAAUUUCCAUGCUUGAUGUUGAUCUUACUGCUGAAUCCACUGACAAGCCACUUAAAAAGCAAAAGAAGAAUAAAAAGGCCACUGAUGGCAGUGGCAAGAAGAAAACAAAGAAGACCACAAACGGUAGUUCUGAUCUUGUUUCUGAAAAUACUACUGUGAAUAAGGACAAUGAGAAUAUAGUUGCUUCUAACGGUGAGAAUUCUAAUAAUGAACAGAUUAGUGAUGGAAAUAUGAUAGCCUUGGAUGAAUCUGUGAUAUCAAACCUUCAGAUGCAAUUUGAGAGGGUUGCUUCUGAAGCUGAGUUUGGAGUCAAUGUUGUGAGCCCUGUAGUAUCAACCAAUGGCUCGGUCAAGAAAAGAAAGAGAGCAAAGAAUGUUGAUGGGCUGCAGAAACAUGAUGUAGUACUUCCUAGCGAAGUAGACGCUGAAGGAAAUACGGCUGUGAAAAGUGGAGAGAAGAGUGUUAAGAAGGUAAGGUUUUCCAUGAAAAAUAACUUGGUAUGGAAACCCCAUAAUCCCUUACCACCUGAAAGUUUGAGACUGCCUCCCUCUGUUACUCCAAGGGGAAGUGCACUUAAGAAAGGAAUACCUCCAGGUCCUAUCUUGGAAUUCCCUGCCACAGCUAAAAGGGCAAAAAGGAGAGCUGUUGUAAUGAGGGCUAAGAAAGGUGUAAGAAGCUUGCCUGUCAAACGUGUGAAGAAAUUGAAAUCUAAGAGUACUUAGAAGUUUUUUGUUAGAGGGUAUGAAGUUGCAGAGGUCCAAAGCUUACAAAUUUUUGUCAUUUAAUGAUUGUCUUAAUUACUUCCUUUCAGUUCGGGCUUUGUUCUCGUAUUGAUUUCCAUGAACUCAACCAUGGAAAAAGAAUGAAGAUUCUGAUGCAUUGAGUUGAGGUUCUUGUGGUACAGAGCCGUGAGAGACUGGUUUUGCAGCAUAAUUGGGUGAGAGCUACGUUAGAAUUAUCGAGUGUAAUGGUUCUUAUUUUUUCUUUCGUUUAGUACUUUGUGGUUUCGUAUUCAAGGGUUGUCUCUGGUAAAAGCUGGUCUAUACAGCAUGGAUGCGCCAAACAGAGGUGGUUAUGGCUUAGAAGAUGGCUAUUGAAAUGUAAGAAGGAUUGGAAAUGACGAAACUUCCUCAGCUUCCAAUUAUGGUAAGCUGUCUUUUGCACAAGUUAUUCCAUGCUGUAUACUAUAUUAGUCUCCUAGCCAACUAUUAAGAUGAUGGUCUUAAGGUGGAAUGCAUUUUUGUUUUACUGUUAGAAGUAUUCAUAUGGACGAAUAACUGGAAAGCAUAUUCUCAUUUUCUUGUGUAAUAGUAAUAUGAUCUGUGUGCAAUAGAAGCAUUGUAUAGUACAAAUAUACUAGGGGUGAAUUGGCUUGAUAUAGUUCUUGGACGAACCAGCGGAACGAAUUGGUUUGACUGAACCAAAUCGACCAGUACUAGGAGAAUCGGGUGCCAGUAAACUGGUUUUGUUCAGCUAAACCGGUGGUUGAUCAAGUAGGGAAACAGAUGGAUGUUUGAUUGGUGGGCACAUUGUGUGGGACAAUGGGCAUUGCUUGGAAGAUGUUGAUGAGCUUUGUUGUUGUUGACAUAUCCAAGCUUAUACAGAGAGGUAUAAAGCUCAAACCUAAUAGACGGAUGGGAGGGAGUAGAGAAGAGCAUCAAGGACCGUUCAAAACGAUUACCAAGAAGAAACUUAAAGGGAGGGGAAUGAAUGAUGAGACGAGGGGGAGGCCGAAUUGAAUGAAGGGUUGACGGCAAAUUUCAACGAUCAGUCUCACUUAGCCAAACAUAGAAUAUACAAUACAACAAAGAUUACACUGUUUACAAAAACCUCACUGUCUAGCCAUGUACAACUACAAAAGGUGAUGUGUAAUAAUUGAUAAGAUUG